ACGCAGAUUGAGGCUGAAAGAGAAAAUAUAAAUUUUAAUACCGGUGAAAAAGCAUUAAAUAAUAUAAUACCUGUCGAGAUGAAAUGUAGUGGUCAACGUGUAGUUGAUAUAAUGUUUUUAUUUGAUGCCAUUAAAAAUAUUGACCACCAUCCAUUCGAUUGUACUUUCAAAAACUUAAUUUUGGUAAAAGAAAUCAGAAAUGGAUUUUUUUCUAAAUUUGUUUUUAUGUGUAAUUUUUGUAACAAACAAGAAAUAAUUACAAAUGAAAAUCGCGCUAGUAUGCCUGUAAAUUCGGCAAUGGUGGCUGCAAUCGUAAAUACUGGACAAGGGUAUACUCAACUAGACACAUUUUCAGCUUUUUUAAAUAUGCCUAAUAUGAGUAAUCCGUUAUAUCAAAAAAAUUCAUAAUGACUUAAUUAAACACACCGAGAACACAGCUAUAGAAGCAAUGGAAAUGGCUGACAAAGAAGAGGCUAGACUUGCAGUGGAAGAAAAUAACGUAGACGAAAAUGGUAUGGAAUACCACUAAUUACGGUUGUAGCAGACGGUACAUGGUCUAAAAGGUCUUACAAAAGUAACUACAAUGCCCUUUCUGGUGUAGUAAGUAUUAUUAUUAUAUUAUAUUUAUAUUAUCGUAAAUAAUUUUUUUAAA